GUCAUUCUGGUCUUGGUACCUUUGCUCUUCUCACUGCUCUUUGGCUCUCGUUCUUUUCCCUUUCUUUGCAUACCUACCAUGUCAGGAAUAAACGACGCCACCUUUUUCCUAACCGGUUUACAGUUCCUCGUUGAGAUUGGCCUCUUCCGGGGAGGAAAGGAGAAUUUCAACAAGGUCAAGGAUCUUGUUGAGGAUAAAGACACGACGGAGGAUUCCGUCGGUGAUUGGAUUUACUGUCUGGAUAGGCUGGAGAGGGACUGGGGUGUUCGUGGCCUCGCAACGGCGAAGAAGUUGAAGGAGUGUGCUCAGGAGUUGGUUCGUAAGAUGCAACAGAUCAGGGAAAAAUAUGGGAAAUGUCGGGGCAGUAAUUGGUUGGUCCUUAGAUUGAAUCCAAGGGUGUAUUCGGAUGGUAGCGAGUUGAAAGAGUUGGAGAGGAGGUUUGAGGUUCUUGUGGAUAAGUUCAAUGGGGUGUUUUAUUUGUGGUUGUUGUUGUGCGUUGGGAUUUUCAUUCUCAGUUGUCUUGGUGGUGGUAAUGGUGGUUUGGUAUUUUCGGGGAGAAGGAUAUGCUGAGAUGGGACAGGAUGGGAUGGGAUAGGAUGGGAUAGGUGGAUGAUGGAUGUGGAAUACGUGAGGUGGACGGCGUGAAUUUGGAUGGGAGGAACUAUUACUCACUGCUGAUAUUUUGGGAAUGAGGAGCCAUAGAUAGCAGUUCAAAUCCUUUUACUUGGUAUUUAUUGGUGACUUGACGGGAGGAAGAAAUUGGGUCAGAUAUCUUGUUGUUCU